AUGCCGGCUACUGAAGGUGUCCACACGUCGUUGAAGUUCGAACGUGAGGACGAAUCUGUUUCUCAUAGUUCCACUGACAUCACAGUGCCAAGUUCACAAGUGGUGUCAGAUAUGGCCAGCAGCGCCAAUGGACCUAAUAAUGUAGGCAAAAGUGUCGAUAUGCCUAAAGUAGAUAUUGACACUAAAAUAGGCGCAUACACGGGCGUCUUUACCCCCGAUAUGUCUAAGGAAGGAAAUAGUGCCAAUGGAUCUCAUGUAGCCAAGGGUGCCAAUGGACAAGAGGUAGGCGGUGCCACCAAUGUGUCCAAAGUUAGCGAUGACGUAGAGAGUGGAUUGUCAUCCGGAUCUUCAUCUUCGGGGGAUCGGGGAACUUGGGAAAGCAAAACGGCCUUCCUUCUGUCAUGCUUGGGCUAUGCUGUCGGUUUAGGCAAUGUCUGGAGGUUUCCAUAUUUAUGCUAUGAAAACGGUGGAGGAGCAUUUUUGAUCCCAUAUGCGAUCAUGUUGUUCGUAGCUGGACUCCCGAUUUUCUGUUUGGAAUUGUGUAUCGGGCAGUUCUCCAGGUCUGGUCCUGCCGGGUCAUGGAAGAUAGCACCAAUGUUCCGAGGCAUUGGUUAUGGAAUGGUGCUGGUGUCAAUCUUUAUUGGUGUCUACUACAACGUCAUUCUUACUUAUACAAUAUAUUACACAAUUUCUUCAUUCACCAACACACUGCCGUGGAUUGGCUGCGGUCACAAAUGGAACACUGACAUGUGCUACGGUCUCUAUGAAGACUGCUUACGCACUGGUCAUAGCAUCAUGACCGAUAACAACACGUGCGUUGAUGUGUCCAGUCUUUCCGAGGACCUUAAAGAGUAUUAUCGUGUGGAAUACAACAAAACGACUGGAGUAACGGACUUGUCAAAUUAUACGGAUCCAUUCAAAGCACUCAGAAAACUACCAAGCGAAGAGUAUUUCAGAGGUGCAGUACUUCAAGAAUGUUUGGCUUACUUAGGUUUUAAUUCAAGUGGAGAAAAAAAAAGAAAAUUAUAUUCAAAUUUAAGUCUGCGAGUAUGGAUGGAUGCUGCCGUGCAAAUCUUCUUCUCCCUUAGCGCAUCAUGGGGUGGUCUACUUACAUUGUCCUCUUACAACCGGUUCCACAACAACUGCUGCUUCGACGCGAUUUUAAUUGCAAUUGCCAAUUGUGUGACUAGUGUAUUUGCUGGAUUCGUCAUCUUCUCCAUUCUGGGCUUUAUGGCACACGAACUCGGCCGUGACGUCAGUGAGGUGGUUGAUCAGGGUUUUGGCCUUGCUUUCAUCGCCUACCCUGAUGUCCUUGGGAGAAUGCCCUUUGCACCGGUAUGGGCCGUCUUGUUCUUCCUAAUGCUACUGUCUUUGGGACUUGAUAGCCAGUUCACCAUUAUGGAGACCAUUGUGACAUUUAUUACUGAUAUUUUCCCGGAGCUUCGAAUCAAGAAGGCAUGGGUGCUUUUAGUUGCAUGUUGCAGUAUGUUUCUAGCGAGCACCAUCUGCGUAACUGAGGCGGGGGUAUACUGGAUUGGACUUUUAGAUUCAUACGCGGCUGGUUUCAACAUUCUUACCUAUGCCACCCUGGAGUGUUUGGUGAUUUCGUGGAUGUACGGAUACGAUCGAUUCAAAAACGAUAUCGGAGAAAUGAUUGGACGAUCAAGGCUGAACUCGAACAUGUUCUACUAUUGGCGGAUCAGCUGGUGUUUUAUGACGCCACUAGCACUUAUACACAUCUAG